UACGGUUACCAUUCACCCGGCUGCUCCCUUCGCGAAACAUCGGCCACACCUGCGAGGCUGCGAACCAUGGGGCCCUCCCCGUCUCCCGCGUGGAUUCCCUUCCCGACCGCCGUCUACCGCGCUGCUGCUCCGCGCCGUUCCCGUCCGCCGCCGAUCCGCGCCGUCCCCGGCGCCCUCCCCCCCUCUCUGCGCCCCAUUCGAUCUCUCAGGAAGGAUCCCGUCCACGGCUCAUUCGAGUGCUUACCUACUCCUGUGCCGCACGACCGCCUCCGCCUGCCGCCUCCGUCCUCCUUCGGGCUGGCUCUCCACCGCCGCUCCCCGCCGUCUGAGCCGUGGGUGAGCCUCGCCGCCCUACAGUCUCCCUUGCGCGCGCCGACCCUGCCCCCGCUUGCCUCCCUCGCCGUCCUGCCUGUCGGCGUCGGCGUCCCGACGUGGCCUCGCCGCCUUGCCUCUUCCCGCACGGGUCGCCGCCGCCGCCCAUCAACCCUGCCACUGGCCGCCGAAGCGCGUCUCCCCGCCCGGGCACUGCUUCUCCUUGCCCUUCCCCGCCCGGACAGCUGCCGCUCAUCCCCGCCGGCCGUCCUCGCGCGGCGGUCGCCAUCCAUCCCCGCCGAUGUGGCACACGCCAUGCGCUGCCGCCAAAGGAGGCGCGCCGGCCGCCCCUCCCCGUUCGCGGACACGUACGCGAUGCACAGCCGAGCCAUCGGCACGGAGCGUUGGCCGCCCCGCCAUGCCAUCGGUAGACGCUCCUCUCUUGUGCGCAUGUCCCCCAUCCUUGCCAGCCGCUCCUCAUCGCCUCUCGUGCGCCUCUGGAUCCGCGGUCCUCGGAGAGAUAGGGGCAGCAGCUACAGGCUAUGCCGGUAGGCUGGCAUCUCUUUGAGGAGAGGCCUCACCCGCAGACCGACGG